UGUGCAUGUGUGCGUGUGUGUGCGUGCGUGCACGCUCGCUCCCUGGUUAUAUAAGCCACUAUCACAUGGGUGCUACCCUGCAGAGGAGCUCAAGUGUUGGUCUGAGAAAGAGAUAGAGGAAACUGAAGACUGCACUUGCUUUGCCCUGGCUGUCCUGCCUUCUUUGUAAGAGCUGCAAUCAUGGCCAGAAACCUGCUGAAGAAUCCUUGUGGGGAAGAGCAGCUGGAAUUCUGGGACCUGACGGAGAACGGAGGGAACCAAUGGAAGGUGGAGGACAUGCCAGGAGACUGUGGCCAUGACUUCAGCGACGACGGAGUGACCAAGUACUUUGCAACCUCGUUUGAGCUAUGUCUGAAGAGACAGGUGAUCGACCUGUUGGCGGAGGGUUACAGUUGUGAGCAUUUGGACACUCAGCCUGCCGUCACAGUGGAAGACUGGUACUGUGGGAGGACAGACUGCGGCUGCACUUACCAAAUGACCGUGUGUCUCCUUGAUGAGAUUCAAGAGGUCAUGCAGGAUUUCAAACCUGAGCCUGUGGCUCUCGACCCCGACUCUGACAACUGUUCAUGGAGACAGGUGAGCCAUACAUUUUCUGAAUAUGGCCCUGGACUGCGUUUCAUCUCCUUUGAACAUGGAGGACAAGACGCCAAUUACUGGAACGGCUGGUUUGGAGUGCGGGUCACUGGGAGCUCUGUCACUGUUGAUGUCUGAUGGAAAAAAGAGCGAGAAGAGAAAUACUGAAAAGUGAAGGAGCAAAGGGGGGCAGAGAACUAGUGGUAUAAAAUGGCACCUGAGUGAUAGAGUGUAGAGUUCAAAGGUUCAAGAGGACCAGCUUUGACUUAUGCACCUGUACUGUAGCUUGCACCGCUGCACAGUGGCUUCAAAUUGCAUUUUGACUCCUUCCCUUUUUGCACAAUUUAUUAUUUUGUAAAUUUAAUUUGAAAUUGACUAGAUUUUUGCUUAUCAGUCUAUAUACAAUGACUGAUAACGACACAGUGAAAUAUGUCUUUAGACAUGUUUGCAAAUACAUAUUAAAUACACUAAACACUGUGGUCACCUAUACAUCCCUUUUUGCUUGAAUUAUCCUAAAAGAUGUGUCCAGAACCUGAUUCCACCUGUGGUAAAAACUGAAUUGGUUGAACAUUGUUUAGAAAGGCUCCACAGUCCACGCAACAGUCAACCUGUCAUUUUGUCAAGAUGGGUCAUUGAGUUUAGAUUGAUGGGUAAAUAUCUAUUGUAUCCAUUUACAAUUACAUGUAUUAAACAAUUAGGUGUGCAAAAAGUAAGGGGGCUGAAUCCUUUAUGAUUCCACUGUCCACUAACAUAUUGCUGCUCAUGCUGUGGAAACUCACAGCUGCUAUGAAGACUGCAGUUACUAAUCCGUGAAUCAUACUUUCAUGGUAGCAGCUUGGCUUUACUAACCUCGAAAAAUUAGUGCUUGCAACACAGUCAUUAAUAAAUUAUCUCUUCACUACUACCUCUGCACAGUGACAUAUGCUGGGGCUGAUCCAAGUAACUUGUUUGGUGGGCGGGGCCUUUGUUAUCAGUCAAAAGAGAAUUAAAUGACAAAAUAAAUUGUUGUCUACUG